GUAGAUGCAUGGUGGAUACUAAAUUUACCUUUGGAACGAAACCUAAUGCUGUUUCCUGUUUUUUCUUGUUUGAAAUAAAUAAAUAAAUAAACUUUAUUUUGCUUCGGCGUGUCUGUAACGUGAGACAGGUUCUUCACGUGCUUCACUGAAAAGAAAAUGUACUCCAUCUGCAAGCAGACGCACCUCGCAACCGGCGUGGAGCACGCUCUCACGUGCAACUUCUUCCACCGGGGGGAGAAGUCCCUCGUGGUGGCCAGUGCGAAUGUCAUCAGAGUGUUCAGGCUCAUGCCGGACGUCGAUCCAAACCGGAGGGAGAAAUUCAAAGACAGCCGGCCGCCCAAGAUGAAGCUGGAGUGCCUGUCCACGUACACGCUGUUCGGCAACGUGAUGUCCGUGCAGUCGGUGGGGCUGGCGGGGUCGGCGCGGGAUUCCCUGCUGCUCAGCUUCCGCGACGCCAAGCUCAGCGUGGUCGAGUACGACCCGGAGGCCCACGACCUCCGGACCCUGUCGCUGCACUACUUCGAGGAGGAGGACAUGAAGGGUGGCUGGACCCACAACCACCACGUCCCGGCGGUGCGGGUGGACCCGGAGGGGCGCUGCGCCGUCAUGCUGGCAUACGGGCGCAAGCUGGUGGUGCUGCCGUUCCGGCGUGAGACGUCGCCGGACGACCCCGACCCCUCCUCGGCGGCGGCCGACGCCAGGGGGCGGGCGCCGGUGCUCGCCUCCUACACCAUCGUGCUGAAGGAGCUGGACGAGAAGAUGGACAACGUGCUGGACGUGCAGUUCCUGCACGGCUACUACGAGCCCACGCUGCUCAUCCUGUACGAGCCCGUAAAGACGUUCCCCGGGCGCAUCGCGGUGCGCAAGGACACGUGUGCGAUGGUCGCCAUCUCGCUCAACAUCCAGCAGAGGGUGCACCCCAUCAUCUGGUCCGUGUCGAACCUGCCGUUCGACUGCACGCAGGCGAUACCCGUGAGGAAGCCCCUGGGAGGGACGCUGAUCGUGGCCAUCAACUCCCUCAUCUACCUGAACCAGAGCGUGCCGCCCUUCGGGGUGUCGCUGAACAGCAUCGCCGAGACCAGCACCAGCUUCCCCCUCAAGAUCCAGGAGGACGUGAAGCUGACGAUGGAAGGGAUGCAGGCGGCCUUCAUCUGCCCCGACAAGCUGGUCAUGUCCUUGAAGUCGGGGGAGCUGUACGUGCUGUCGCUGUACGCGGACAGCAUGCGCAGCAUUCGCAGCUUCCACUUCGAGAAGGCCGCCGCCAGCGUGCUGACCACUUGUAUGUGCCUGUGCGAGGACAACUACCUGUUCCUUGGCUCGCGCCUCGGGAACUCCCUGCUCCUGCACUUCGUGGAGAAGGAGCAGAGCUCGGUGCCGCCCGGGGACGAGGCUCUGGGGGACUCCAAGCUGGACCAGCCCGCUGCCAAGAAGAAGAGGAUGGACACGCUCGGGGACUGGAUGGCGUCUGACGUCGCUGACAUCAGGGACGUGGAUGAGCUGGAGGUGUACGGGAGCGAAGCGCAGACCUCGGUGCACAUAACCUCGUACGUCUUCGAGGUGUGCGACAGCCUCCUGAACAUCGGUCCGUGCGGCAACAUCUCCAUGGGGGAGCCGGCUUUCCUGUCCGAGGAGUUCUCCAGCAACGACGACCCGGACAUCGAGCUGUUCACCACGUCGGGCUACGGGAAGAACGGGGCCCUCUGCGUCCUGCAGAGGUCCAUCAGGCCGCAGGUGGUGACGACGUUCGAGCUGCCCGGCUGCGUGGACAUGUGGACGGUGCUGGGCAGCUCCGGGAUCGGGGAGCCCUCGGACAAGGGCGAGCAGGAGUACGCACACUCCUUCAUGAUCCUCAGCCAGCGCGACUCCACCAUGGUCCUGCAGACAGGCCAAGAAAUAAAUGAAGUUGAUCAUUCUGGGUUUUCAACUCAAGGGAGUACAGUGUAUGCUGGCAACCUAGGCUACAAUAGAUUUGUUGUGCAGGUGUCGCAGCUGGGGGUGCGGCUACUCCAAGGGGUGGAGCAGGUUCAGCACAUACCGCUGGACUUGGGCUCACCCGUCGUUCACGCGUCCUGCGCCGACCCCCACAUGGUGAUCCACACCGAGGACGGGCAGGUGCUCCUGCUGACCCUCCGCGAGGCCCGCGGGCAGGGCCGCCUCGCAGUCUCCCGCCCCUCCGUCCCCCUGAAACCGCAAAUCGUGACCUUGUGUGCGUACAGAGAUGUGAGUGGGCUGUUCUCGUCCACUCUGCCCGAUGAAGAAGUGGAAGUGGUGCAGAAAUUAAUCACGAAGCAAGAACCAGACCCAAUCAAAAAAGAGGUUGACGACGAGGACAAGAUGUUGUACGGGGAUCCUGACCCAGGGUUCGUUGUCCCGAUGACCGUGGAGCCCUUGAAGAAAGUCGAUCCUGCGAUAAGUGAAGUGGUGGAGGUCGAAGUCCCAUGGUGGAGGAAGCGGCUGCAGAUGCAGGAGGUGAAGCCGACGUACUGGCUGUUCCUGGUGCGGGAGAACGGCAGCCUGGAGCUCUACACGCUCCCGGACUUCCAGCUGAGCUACGUGGUGCGCGGCUUCGGGCACGGCCACCGCGUGCUGGCCAACAGCCUGGAGCCGUCCCAGGCCUCCCCGGCGGGACCGGCCGACCCCUCCGUCGACAGAGAGGUGCAGGAGAUCCUGAUGGUGGCCCUGGGACACCACGGCAGCCGUCCCGUGCUCUUGGCGCGGCUGGACGACGAGCUGCUGCUGUACCAGGCGUACCGCUACCCCAAGGGGAGCCUCAAGCUGCGCUUCCGCCGCCUCACGCACAGCAUCCUGCCCCGGGAGCGGUCGUCGGGGUCGAAAAUGAACCUGAGUGAAGACCAGUCUGCAUCAUCACAUGUUUCACGAUUCAGAUACUUCAGCAACAUUGCUGGCUACAAUGGGGUGUUUAUCUGUGGCCCCAACCCUCAUUGGCUGUUCCUGACGUCUCGCGGGGAGCUGCGUACGCACCCUAUGGGAAUAGACGGCCCCGUAACGUGUUUCGCCCCGUUCCACAAUGUGAACUGCCCCCAGGGCUUCCUUUAUUUCAACAAGAAGGGGGAGCUUCGCAUCUGCGUGCUGCCGACGCACCUCUCGUACGACGCGCCCUGGCCCGUGAGGAAGGUGCCCCUGCGCUGCACGCCGCACUUCGCCACAUACCACCUGGAGAGCAAGACCUACUGCGUGGUCACCAGCCAGGCGGAGCCCACCAACAAGUACUACCGCUUCAACGGGGAGGACAAGGAACUUACAAUUGAAGAAAGGAAUGAACGCUUCUCACUUCCACUUCAGGAGCGGUUUAGUGUCUUGCUGUUCUCUCCAGUGUCAUGGGAGAUCAUCCCCAACACGAAGAUGGAGCUGGACGAGUGGGAGCACGUGACGUGCCUCAAGAACGUCAGCCUGUCGUACGAGGGGGCGACUAGCGGCUUCAAAGGUUACAUCGCCGUCGGCACCAAUUACAACUACGGCGAGGACGUCACCAGUCGGGGCAGGAUCCUGAUCUUUGACAUAAUUGAGGUGGUUCCGGAGCCGGGCCAGCCUCUCACGAAGAACCGCUUCAAGAUGGUGUACUCCAAAGAACAGAAGGGUCCGGUGACAGCCCUCUCGCAAGUUCUGGGCUUCUUGGUGUCGGCUGUUGGUCAGAAGAUCUACAUCUGGCAGUUGAAGGACAGCGACCUGGUGGGCGUGGCGUUCAUCGACACCAACAUUUACAUCCACCAGCUGCUGAGCAUCAAGUCGCUGAUCCUGGUCGCCGACGUAUUCAAGUCCAUCAGCCUGCUGCGCUUCCAGGAGGAGUACCGCACCCUGUCCCUCGUCAGCAGGGACUUCCGCCCAGCAGAAAUUUAUACGUGCGAGUUUCUGAUAGACAACUCCCAGUUGGGCUUCGUUGUCGCGGACAGCGAGAAGAACUUCGUCCUCUACAUGUACCAGCCAGAGGCGCGCGAAAGUGUCGGAGGCCAGCGGCUGCUGCGGAAGGCUGACUUCCACCUGGGGCAGCACGUCAACACCUUCUUCAGGAUACGCUGCCGACUGCCCAGCGACGACGACACCAAGCACCUAAUGGGGGCCGACAAGAGGCACAUCUCCAUGUUCGCGACACUCGACGGCGGCCUGGGGUACUUGCUGCCCGUGCCGGAGAAGACGUACCGCCGGCUGCUCAUGUUGCAGAACGUCCUGGCGAACCACAUCUCCCACACCGCGGGGCUCAACCCCAAGGCGUUCAGGACAUACACCAGCUCCGCCAAGCUGCUGAGCAACCCGGCGCGGGGCGUGAUCGACGGGGAGCUGGUGUGGCAGUUCCUCGGCCUGCCGCUGCCGGAGAAGCAGGAGGUGGCCAAGAAGAUCGGCACGCGCGUCGACGAGAUCGUGGACGACCUGGCCGACGUCGAGACGCUCACCGCCCACUUCUAGGCCGGACGUCCGGUCCACCCGCGCAGUCGACGGGAGUAAUGCAAUCUGUGAUUGUGGUCCCCUUUUUUUUCUUUUUUUUUUUCUAUUCAAAACAAAUUAAUAAAUUUAAAUAUUUGUA